AUGGAUGUUCCUGACUGUCCCUACGAAAAAAUAGGCGGGCGAAAAAACGCUCUCUGGAGAACUAUGAUUGCUGAUUUCGCAGGAGAGAGAAAAUCUCCAGAGGGAGACUGGCUGUUGCUCGAAACCUGGUAUGACCGCGUUGGGUGGCAGCAGGAUCUUCCUGACCUGACCUCCAAGACUAUCAACGAGACUGCUGUGCUUACCACGGGCAUAAAGGAUAUGGAGGUACAAAUGGUAGCCCAUUACGCAAAUCUACGAGCGACGACAACAGAGUAUACCGAUUUUGUGACCAACGCUUCCGUCGCAACGAUAAUUAAAGAUUCAUUUACUAAAGGCUUUCAACUACCCAAGAAAUAUGGAGAGUAUGUCCGACGGAUUCGGAAAGCUUGUGCUCGUCGAGCGUUGUACGUUACAAGUAAGGGGUAUAUAGGACUUGCACCAUGGAACGCACGGGAAGGAGAUUUGGUUUGCAUCUUCAAAGGAGGGAAGACACCAUUUCUCUUAAGGCUCCCGCCUGCUGGGUCGGUGUACCAACUCGUAGGCGAGACUUAUGUUCAUGGCAUUAUGGGUGGUGAAGCAGUUGCAGCAGAUGCUAGUGAUAAUGACUGGCGAGUAUUCAAUCUCCGCUAA